AUGGACUACAAAGGAGCAGCGAAAAUGGCGGACCUGCAACCAAGGAUCAAGGAUUCACGACCAAGUAACUUUUCUGAGCAAAUGGCAAAGGAACAGCAGAGCAGUCUACAAGGCAGCAAUGGAGCAGUUCACAAGGCAGCAGCGGAGCAGUCUAAACGACAGCAGCGGAGCAGUCUACACGGCACCAGCGGAGCAGUCUACACGGCAGCAGCGGAGCAGUCUACACGGCACCAGCGGAGCAGUCUACACGGCACCAGCGGAGCAGUCUACACGGCAGCACCAGAGCAGUCUACACGGCAGCAGCGGAGCAGUCUACACGGCACCAGCGGAGCAGUCUACACGGCACCAGCGGAGCAGUCUACACGGCACCAGCGGAGCAGUCUACACGGCACCAGCGGAGCAGUCUACACGGCACCAGCGGAGCAGUCUACACGGCACCAGCGGAGCAGUCUACACGGCACCAGCGGAGCAGUCUACACGGCACCAGCGGAGCAGUCUACACGGCACCAGCGGCGGACCAGACUACAGGGCAGCAGCGGAGCAAGGACCAAGGAUCAAGGAUCUACGACCAAGGACUCAAGGAUCUCCGGCAGGCUACACGGCACCAGCGGACCAGACUACAGGGCACCAGCGGACCAGACUACAGGGAAGCUGCGUAGCGGACUACAGGGAAGCUGCGUAGCGGACUACAGGGAAGCUGCGUAG